CAAUGGGGCCUUGGGGACACAAUGGGGACAACAAUGGGGCCUUGAGGACAACAAUGGGGCCUUGGGGACACAAUGGGGCCUAGGGGACACAAUGGUGACAACAAUGGGGCCUUGGGGACACAAUGGGGACGACAAUGGGGAUCUUGGGGUUACAAUGGGGCCUUGUGGACGCAAUGGGGCCUUGGGGACAAUAAGGGGUGAUUGGGGACACAAUGGGGACACAAUGGGGCCUUGAGGACACAAUGGGGCCUUGGGGACACAGUAGGGACAACAAUGGGGCCUUGAGGACACAAUGGGGCCUUGAGAACACAAUGUUGACAACAAUGGGGCCUUGAGGACACAGUGGGGCCUUGGGGACACAAUGGUGACAACAAUGGGGCCUUGGGGACACAAUGGGGCCUUGGGGACAACAAUGGUGACAACAAUGGGGCCUUGGGGACAACAAUGGGGCCUUGGGGACACAAUGGGGCCUUGAGGACACAAUGGGGACAACAAUGGGGCCUUGUGGACUCAAUGGGGCCUCGUGUCCCCCCCGUUGGCGCCAUGUUGCCCCUCAGGUGAUUGGGGGCAAUGAGGACCCCCACGGGGUGGUGCUGAAGGACCUGGCCCCCCCCCCGGUGUUGGUGGCACUUCGGGUCCAUCCCCGAAGCCCCCGCGCCAUGAGCGUCUGCAUGAGGAUGGAGCUCUACGGCUGCACAUGGGACGCCGGCCUGCUGUCCUACACCGCCCCACGGGGACACACCAUGACCCUCCACCCCACAACCAUUGUCCUCAAUGACUCCACCUACGACGGGGACAGCGCCGGACCGCUGCUCUAUGGGGGGCUGGGCCAGCUGGCGGAUGGGGUUGUGGGGCUGGAUGACUUCACACAGAGCCGAGAGCGACGGCUUUGGCCCGGUUACGACUACGUGGGUUGGAGGAGACCCCCGGGACCCCAGCCCCAUUUGGAGCUGCAGUUUGAGUUCGAGCACAUGAGGGUGUUCCGUGCCAUGCAGGUCCACUGCAACAACAUGCACACGCGUGGGGUGAGCGUCUUCAGGUCGGUGCAGUGUCGCUUUAAGAGCAGCCCUGACGCCCCCUGGGACCCCCCCGAAUCCCCCCACCACCCCCAAGGGACGAGUGGGGACCCCCGGGGAGACCCCCGAGCCCUGUGGGUCACUGUCCCUUUAAGGGGGCGCCGCGCUCGCUUCGUUAGCUGCCGCUUCUUCUUCGCUAACGAGUGGAUGCUCUUCAGCGAGGUCAGCUUCGAAUCCGAUGUGGUGGAAGAAGCAAUGGCCGCCAGUGAUUGGCUCCCAUCAACGCCCCCCAUGGAAUCCACCAAUCACAGCACGGCUGCCCCUUGGGAGCCCAAGGCCGGGCAACCAAUGGCCAAAGAGGAUCACAGCCACACGUCCAUCCUGAUUGGCUGCCUGGUGGCCAUCAUCCUGCUCCUAUUGGCCGUCAUCGUCCUCAUCCUCUGGCGGCAUCACUGGAGGAAGAUCUUGGGGAAGGCCCAGCGCCGUCCCUCAGAGGAGGAGCUGCGGGUGCAGCUGUCGGUGCCCGGUGACACCGUGGUGAUCAAUAACGCCACCGCGAUGGGACGGGGGUCACCGCGAUACGAGAGGAUCCCACCCGGGCUGGGGGAGUAUCAGGAGCCCAGCAGACCCACAUUGCCCCCGGUGCCCCCUGUGCCUGCGCCCUUCGCCAACCCGGCCUAUCGCCUCCUACUGGCCACCUACGCUCAGCCAAUAGGAGGGCUCGCCCGCGCCCCGCCCGACGGAGCCAAGCCAAUCAACACUGACGGUUCAAUGGAAGCCGAGUUGGGGGCUGGGGCCUACGCGGAAGCCGACGUCACCGGAGGCUCCGCCUACUCCCUGGCUGGCCCCGCCCCCUGCGUUGGCCCCGCCCCCAGCCCCGCCCUCCCCUCCUUCCCACGGGGUCAACUUCGAUUCCGGGAGAAAUUGGGGGAGGGGCAGUUCGGAGAGGUGUUGCUGUGCGAAGUCGAAGACCCCCAGGAGCUGCCCCCCCCCUCCCGCCCCCCGGAGCUGCCCCACGGGCGCCCCCUGUUGGUGGCCGUCAAAGUGCUGAGAGCCGACGCCUCCAAGAACGCCAGGAGGGACUUCCUGCACGAGGCUCGCACCCUGGGCCGGUUGCGGGACCCCAACAUCGUCCGUUUGCUGGGGGUUUGUUCGGGGCCGGGGGGUCCGUGGUGCAUCGUCACCGAGUACAUGGAGCACGGGGACCUGCACCGAUUCCUGGGGGGGCCACGGGGGAACACGCUCAGGUGGGGACACAGCCCAGAAACACCCCAAUAUUCAGCCCCCAUUCACAUACCUUAAAGCCAACCCCAUUACAUGACCC